UUCGAGAUUCAUUCACCGACCCCCGGCUUCUUUUCCCUCACCCACAACUCACUCGCUCUCUCGUUCUUUCAUUCGCAUCGUCCACCUUCAUCUCCGCGGCCAUGGACGAAGAUUACACUAAUAUCGGCUCUGAGGAGGGCGACCGCGAGACCACCCGAGUCUGGCGCACUUGGCGAACAGUCUUUGAGAUGCUGCGGGACCGCGGCUACGAAGUUACGGACGAAGAAGUGCAAAUCAAGCUCGACGAAUUCAAACAGAAAUACGUGGACGAGAAAGGAUAUCCCAGCCGCGAGAAGCUAAAGAUCCAAGCCCGCCCGACCGAAGCCAUGAAGGCGAAAUACACGCCCCUCCCCACACCCUCCAACCGCGAGCCCCAAGCGGACUGUGGCACAAUCUACAUCGAAUUCUGCCCGGAUGACAGCGGUAUCGGUACCAAGCAAGUGCGUUCUUUCAACCACACGGUCGAUGAGGGCAACUUCCACACGGGCAUUUUCAUCACCAAAACGCCCAUUUCCCCCUCCGCUGUCCGUCUGCUCAGCGGCAUCCCCGGCCGCAUCUGCGAGCAUUUCCAGGAACAGGAUCUUCUGGUUAACAUCACACGGCACGAGCUUGUCCCGAAACACGUUCUUUUGAGCCCAGAGGAAAAGGGCCGUCUGCUGCAGCGGUACCGCCUGAAGGAGUCGCAGCUGCCGAGAAUGCAGGUGUCAGAUCCCGUCGCUAGGUAUUUGGGAUUGAGGCGCGGACAGGUUGUGAAGAUCAUCCGGCGGAGUGAGACUGCAGGGCGUUAUGCAAGUUACCGAUGGGUUAUUUAAGUUCGGUUUCGGAAGUGGAUCAUGGUCUAGAUUCCAACUUUAUGGCUUGCGACCAACCACGAAGAGACUGGCCUGCAAGACGCACCGAAUCAGCUGGUGGAAUAAUCAAUCCUCACGAGUCGAGAGGGGAGGAAAGAAAGAAGGAAAAGAAAAUAGGCAUUGGGCAGCAUGGCGUAACGGCGAAAGAAAUUUCAGGACGGUGUUAUAUCCUUGUUCUUUGGUGUACGAUUUAGUACUGGUUAAUAUUGACCAAACAAGCAAAAAAACUGUACAAUUUAUUUAAUAGAGCAUGCAGAACGUCUACCACGGACUCUUCCAGGUCUAAUAUCUAACAGAACGUAAUCACAC